AGAGAGGGUGGGGGUGGGGGUGAAGGCAGUCCCUGUGCUUGCACACCUCUUGCUGUCCCUGGGUCGGACUUCCUGGCUUUAAGGCGAUGCUUCCCAAUGGAUGAAAGCCAACACGCUCUCUGUGCCCCGGGAUUCGUGACCGAGCCUCUGCCGGAGCCGCUUGACUGAAGGCGCCGAGUUGGUUCGCGCCCAACGGGAACUCUUCCCAUAGAGUUCUGGAGCGCGGGAACCUCGAUAAUGGUCCCGUUAAUCCGGCUGGUUAAGGAGAACCAGCUGCUGUGGAGCAAGUUCCAUUCAGUGGGGACGGAGAUGAUCGUGACUGGCAGAGGAAGGUGUUUGUUUCCAUCUAUUGUGGUCUCUCUGCACGGGUUGGACCCAGAGAAGAUGUACACCCUUGUGGUGGAUAUAGAGUCGAGCAGCCACCAACGAUACACCUACACAAAGGAGCGAGGCUGGUUCCCAUCCGCUCCAGCCCGUCAACAGCAAUCGAGUGGAGUGUAUAUUCACCCAGAUACACCAGCUCUCGGGGCAGAGCUGAACGAGAAACCUGUGGCUUUCAAACUGCUGAAGAUCUGCACGGCAAACGGGAGCGAGAGCAGAGGCAUGAUCCCUCUGACUCCAAUGCAUAAGUACACACCCAGAAUUCACUUGAUCCAGAAUGAUAAGGAACUCAAUUGUCCAUCUUUCACUUGGGCAUACAGCUUCCUGGAGAUGGAGUUCAUAGCUGUGGGGCACUACCACAGUACAAAGAUGAAGCGGAUGAAGAUCGAGUACAACCCCUACGCCAAAGGUACACAUGGAGGCAAACGAGAGCACAAGAGCACAACACAAAGGUUGACUUGCAUGCUUACGCCUAAAGAACAGCAGCUCGAGCUACAGAAAAUGGAACCAUACUCCAGUCUGAGCCAGCCUUGA